CCUCUAUUCAUUGUUGUAUUUGAAAGUGCAAUGCUUUGCAGCCAGUAGCACAGCCUUUGAAGGAGCAUAGGUAUGGGCAGUGUAAUAUUCUGGGUUGGAGUCAAUAACCAGGCGAGGUGAUGAAGUUAGGUCUCUUUACUUCAUACUUCAGAACCGACUCCCACACUUGCCGUCAGGGUGCGCAAUACAACGUAAACCGUUGGCCAACCGAAAAGUAACCACAGAACACUAUACCCAACAUUCACCAGGAGAUGGCAACAAACAACUUAGAUCACUCUAUUACAGGCAGCAUCUGUGAAAUGUAAUUUGCAGGAAAGGAGUGAGUUUAGGGUUGAAUUGUCCAUCCUCGUUCUAUUCUCUGUCACUCGUCGUCGCCAUGACUGUCUCUUCUUCUUUCUUCUGCUUCGUCUCCUUCUUGCUUAUAUGAAGGAAAAGCGGACGUGACGACAGGCUGUCCUCACUCAGGUCCGCACGGACCUGGAGGGGGCGUGCCUUAACUCCGGCUGGAAUUCGGCAGAAUGGUUGUCCCGGGAGAUUUUCGAGAGAGGCACUGAAAUUCGGGAGUCUCCCGGAAAAUUCGGGAGGGUUGGCAAGUAUGGUAGUAAAUAGUAGGGAUGCAACUGUACUCGCUAUUAUCCUGCACCGGAAAAUCUGCCUUAAUUUAAAUAAAAAGUGAUAUUAAUCGAGAUUGGAUGGUAUAUAGUUCAUAUUUUUUGUUUAGCACUUAGCAAUAGUGCUAAUUAAUUGAUCUGCUUAUCAGUCAGCUUCUAAAACUUGUAGCUCAUCCUCCUUAUAUUCAGGCUCAAAAAUAUAAGGUUCUGGAUAGGGUUGGGUAUCGAGUAUCGAUUGGAACCGGGACUAACUUUCCGAUUCUCCCGGAAUCGUUCAAAAGUUAAAAUUUCGAUUCCUAGUUUCGAUACCCAGUCCGCCGACCGGAAAAAAAAUAUGUCCGCCGACCGGAAGAAGAAGCCGCUGAACACCAACGAAGAAGCACCCACCGCCGGAAGUGUUAGCAUAGCCGAGCGAGUCAGUCAAGCUCAAGCAUGGAUAGCGGGCGUCGGCGGUCGAAAGUGUGGCUUUACUUUACAAAAAAAAAUGAAAUAACCGCAAAAUGUAACACGUGCGACAGGACUGUUUCGUGCUUAGGAGGGUGCACGUCAAACAUGAUAAAGCACCUCCGACUAGUUCAUGGAGUACAUAUAAAUGCGUGUACCGUCUUCGACGCGCUGCGCCAACCGCCCUCCUCUGGCUCCGACGCCCAGCCUGGCACCUCAGUGACUGCACUGCAGUCCGAAUCCGGCAAUUUACAACCUGCUAGCCAGGCUCCGCCAUGUGCUCGGUGUACUCCGUUCACCGUAGCGGCAAUGGGGAAGAUGUCGGUGCCACAGAUGGAAGAGUGCCACAGAAAGGUCACUGCACACAUAAUCAAAAGACUGCAUCCCUUUUCAGAGGUGGAAUCGCCAACAUUUAGGGAUAUGGUGAAAACUCUAAAUCCAAAAUACACACCACCUUCCAGGGACUACCUGUCUACCGGCAUGGUACAAGGUAGAGAAGUGUAACAUCAUUACAGAGCUCCGUGAAACCAGCUCUGUAGCACUGACAUGUGAUGGCUGGAGUAGCAUCACACAGGACCACUAUCUCACCAUCACAGCACACUACAUAAUUGAGGGGGAAAUGCAGCAAAAAGUGCUAAAAACAAAGGCUGUGUACAAAGCACAGACAGGCUGUAUUGUUGCAGAAGAAAUAAGUGAUGUCCUAUCAGAGUUUGCUAUAUCUGAGAAAAUCAUAGCAGUAACGGUAGAUAACGUUGCAAACAUGUAUGUGGCCAUAAAGCGCCUGCAGUUUGUGAAACUCUGCUGUUUUGCUCACACACUUAAUCUAGCAGCACAGAGUCUAUACUCCCUAAAUUCAGUGAGUCAGUGGGUGGCCAGGGUCCGAGCCAUUGUUGUGUGGAUGAAGAGGUGCUUGAUGGCCAAGGUAGUCCUCAAAGAGAAGCAAGAACUUCUACAGCUGCCCCGACACUCACUAAUACUUGAUGUGAGAACACGGUGGAACUCUCUGUACCUAAUGCUGGAGAGAUUCACAGAGCAGUACCCUGCAAUUCAAGCAGCCACCUUGGAUCAACGGCUGAGAAAAAAUAUGGAAAGGGACAGACUUGCUCGGCUAACUGAGGAGGACUUUAGAAAAGCUGAGGACUUCAUCAGCGUAAUGAAGGUGCUCUACACAUCAACACUCUGCGUGUCUUCCGAAAAGAGUCCCACAUGCGGACAGAUUCUGCCUAUCCUCAAAAAGCUUGAGGCACACCUGGCUGUAAAAGAUGGAGACACAGUCUUUGUGUCCAACCUCAAAAAACAGAUUUGGGAAAACCUAUCCAAGCGCUACCAGAAUGAUGAGAUCAGGGCCUUUCUCCAGCUGGCCAGUGCGUUGGAUCCACGCUUUAAACAUAAAUUGGAUGAUGACACCAUCUGGGACCAGAUCCAGAGAAAGCUGAUUGAACAGUCAACAGAGGAAGUCUGUGGAGCUGAUGGGGACACCAUGCAGUCUGAGAAUGAGUCAAAUGAGGAGAACGAGGAUGAGCAGGAGAGUCAACAGCCUCCCUGCAAACUGCCCAAGAAGACUCCCUUGGAGGAGCUGUUUGCUGAGGAAGAGGCACAGAGCAUAGUGUCACAGCAGAGCUCCAUGUCCAUCAAGAAACGAGUGGAGAGAGAGCUGCGGAUGUACCAGGACGUUCCACCGAUACUUAUGUCUGACGACCCUGCUGCAUGGUGGUGGAACCAACAAAAGACUUAUCCUUUGCUGUCAGAUCUCGCUUUCUCCUAUUUAUGCGUUCAAGCUUCUUCCACACCCAGCGAAUGUGUAUUUUCCACAGCAGGAGACACUAUCUGUCCAGAACGCUCACGCAUCCUGCCUGAGAAGGCGGAUAUGGUCAUUUUCCUAAACAAGAACUGUCUCUGAUUUUAUACUGUACCUGCUGCUAAUCUGGACUGGGUUUUGCAAGUUGUUUCUUAUUGUUUAUUUGCUUUUCUGCACCAGGUUAGCCCAUCAGUGGGAGCACGGUAACAUGUUUAAGUACCUGCAGCAUCAUACACUUGUGUGUGUAAAUGUGUUUUCAUGAGGUUUCCUGCAGCAUCAUACACUUAUGUGUAAAGGUGUUUUCAUGAGGUUU